AUGCAGUUUUCUGGGUUGUAUCAGAAUAUGCAAAACUUUAUGAUGAACCCGCAAUUGAUGGCAUCUUAUAUGAAUUCCAAUAUGCCACAACAACAAGAUCCAGGGCAGCUUCUUCAGCAACUGCCUGAACAGCAAGUGGUUGAUAAUGUCAUUUCGAAUGGUUCUGUGCCUUCAACACCUUCAAGCCUGACACCGUCACAGCAGAGGUUUUUGCAACAACGGCAACAGCAACACAUCGAGCAAGUAAUGAAUCAACAGUUCAGGGACAAAGUUAGAGGUCAACAGAUGGGUCAGGUACCGAUAGGUGCCAGGGCCGCUGCCCAGCAGCAGCAGCAACAGCAGCAAUUCUCAAUGUCUAAUGCUUCUUCUCCUUAUCCGGUGGGCAAUUUGCAGUCAUCACAAUCUCAGACUGAUAAAUCCAUCAAUGGCUCAAAUGUUUCGAAUCCUAUAAACCAAGGAUUCCCUAAUAUGUAUGCAGAACCAACUGUUUACCAUAACCAGCAACAGCAACAGCAACAGCAACAGCAACAGCAACAGCAACAGCAACAGCAACAGCCGAGCAACGGUGAGGCUUCGAAGGCAACUCAAAAGAUGUCACCCAACCGGUUGAAUUCAGAUUCAAAUAAUAAUUCAGCUAAUUCAAAGGACACUGCCAGCGGGAAGCAACAACAGCAACAGCAAAGGCCGCAGGGCAAGGUUGAACAAGAGAGAUAUCCUAAUCCCUUAAAUCAAAAUGGUAGUGCUAUAUCUGCUCCGUUGUUAUCUUUUCCAAUACGAAAACACUUAGCCAACAUGGCAAUUUUAAGAGUUUAUGAAUUCGUCAAUAUCGUAAACACAUCUGCAGGUCAUGUAGACCUUUGGUCAUAUUGGAAAAGAAAUGCAGAAGAAAUGUUCACACCAACAGGAUCUAUUCGCUAUUCCAAGAAUGCAGAAUUCGAAUUAUCACAUUUUGAACUGUCAACCUCUUUGAUUCCUGUCUUCUUUGUAACGUUAAGUCGCCUAGGGGUGGUGAGGAUAGAAUUAGUUACACCACAGCUGCGUGCACAGGUGCUAAGCAAUGGCUAUAUAUUUUUUAAUUGUCCAAGAUUGACUUUUACCUGUCAUUACAUUGAUGGAAGUUAUGUUACUCAUUUUUCCCAAUUCAAAGGUUUAUUUGAUCCAUGUUUGAAGAUUGACUGGAUUAACAUCUGUAUCCAUAGUUUUGUUCCUGGUGUUGAAUGGAACUCGCUGGAAAGAUUGAUAAGUAAUAAAAAUAUAUGCUAUGAGAUAUUUAAAAAUUUGAGCGUUCCUGUUAAAGAGGAGAAAAAUAUCGAUUUCAAAGAUCAAUCUAGAAGACCACCAGUUCCGCCGAACAUUGAAGCUAUUAAGCAAUUAAGAUCAUUUUUCAAUGUUUUCAACAGUAUAUCUAAUAGUGGAGUUCCCGAAGGCCUGCUUCGGAGUUUACAAAUUGGUGAUGUUAUGACUUCUAUGAAAGAUUUAAUGAUCUAUAAGAGAAUGCAACAGAUAGGCAGUCCAUUAGAAGCCAUGAAACAAUACGUUAACAGCAAUUCCAAGGAUAAACAAACUGUGACAAUAUCACCGGCUCAGAGUAUAGAUAAGGAAUUUCAAAAAAAUGAUUCUAAAUUGAACAAUUCAAUGGAUCUAGAUAAGAAUCACGGUGGUGGAAAAAAAAUUGUUAAAGAAAAUGAAGAUACUGGUAGCUUAAAUCCUUCAAGAAAUGAAAAAGCUGGUAAAAAUAAUGACGAUGAUGAUGAUAAAAAUAACAACGGUAUUAACAAUAACAUCAAUGGUAAUAACAAUGAUAAUAACAAUAAAAACAAUAAUGAUGAUGAUAAUAAUAAUAAGAUUAACAACUCCAAAGCUAACAAUACUACUAGUAAUAAAAAUAAUAAUAAUAAUAAUAAUAAUAAUAAUAAUAAUAAUAAUAAUAAUAAUAAUAAUAAUAGUAAUAAUAGUAAUAGUAAUAAUAAUAGCGGUGGCAGUAGUAAUAGUAAUAGUGCUAAGAGUGGUCCAACGGACAAUAAUAAACCAGUGGAAGAUAUAUCCAACAUGGAUCUGAAUGAUUCGACGACAUAUCAAAAAAGGAAAAGAACAAGUUACCACUCAUUAUAUUCGAUAAAUGAAAGAGAUAAAGCAGGUUCAAAAGACAAAGAUAAAUCAAAUGAACCAUCUACAAAGAAAGCAAAAAUAUAA